AUGACGACUCUGCGUCGAGCACUUAUCACUGGUAUUACUGGACAAGAUGGCUCUGGGGAACAUAUUGGUUUGGGUGGAGCCCCCGGGCUUAAUGAUUCUCCAGCUGCGGCGUCGGUGCCCGCGCUGUUCGCAGGGUUACAUCUACACUGUGGUGACGUCGUGGAUUCGACUUCCCUCUUUGACAUAAUUUCCCGAGUGCGCCCCCACGAGGUGUACAAUCUAGCUGCCCAAAGUCACGUGAAGGUCUCAUUUGACAUGCCUAUACAAACCACCGAAUCAACCGCCGUCGGAGUGCUGCGUGUGCUCGAUGCCAUUCGGGCUGCAGGCCUUGCCAAUGAGACGCGGGUGUUUCAAGCCUCGUCGUCGGAGAUGUUUGGGUCUAGCUCGGUUGACCUACAGAACGAAGAGACUCCUUUUAAGCCUUGUUCUCCUUAUGGUGUCUCCAAGCUGUAUGGGCACUUCACGGUGCAGACAUACCGUUCGGCCUAUGGAAUUUUCUGCGUUAGCGGCAUUCUCUUCAACCACGAGAGCCCCAGGAGAGGCACCACGUUUGUCUCGAGAAAAAUUACAAUGGGAAUUGCAAGCAUUUUGAAGGGAGAACGCCUUUGUCUCGAACUUGGCAACUUAGACGCCCGCAGGGACUGGGGCCAUUCGCGUGACUACGUGAAGAGCAUGUGGCUCAUGCUGCAGCAGAAGGUCCCCAAAGAUUACGUAGUGGCUACUGGCAAACAACAUUCCGUCCGGGAAUUCUGUCAAUUGGCGUUCGCCAUCGCAAACCUCCCUCUUCAGUGGAAGGGGAAGGGUCUGCAGGAAGUAGGGAGCUGCGGAGGUCGGAUCCUAGUGCGGGUCUCUUCUGCUCACUUCCGUCCUACUGAAGUUGACGCUCUAAAAGGAGAUGCCUCACGCAUCCGAUCGGAGCUAAACUGGCGUCCGGAAACCACCUUUACUGUGCGCUUUGCACCUUCAACAAACAGCAGCACCACCAACUUCAGCGGCGGUACAGUAGAGCUGGUGUUUGAGAUGCUGCAAUGCGACAUGCGUCUUGCGGGUUUGCAUCCCCCAACGUUAUCGGAGUGCAACCAGCGCAUAGCCAAUCACAUAGGAGACGCUGCAGAGCUGCUGUUUGACUAG